UACUACACUAUGUUAGUUUUGGAAAGCAGAUUAAGAUCGAUCAAAACAAUAAUCUAUGGCUUCGUACUGUUUAUUAUACAUCUUCAUAUAUCUUUGUUCUUAUCACAUUGCUCAAACAGUUCAGAAAGAAAUAGAAUACGAAUGUGUGGAUAUCUAUAAGCAACCUGCAUUUCAACAUCCAUUGAUGAAAGAUCACCAAAUCCAGAUGAGACCAAGUGUCGAUUUUCAAACCACGGUAUCGACGGAGCCGGAAACAUCAGAUUUAUUCACUGGUAAAGCAGAAGAAAGGUGUCCUAAAGGACAAGUACCAAUUCACAUACCGCAAAUUAACUAUACUAAUGACUUUGUCCAACCGAAUAGAAUAAUUACAGAAGCCAAUCUACAUUAUGCAAUUAUUAGACCAUUUGAGAAUUACACAAAGAUAUGGGGUGGAGCGCAAGCGGUUUUCAAUAUUUACAAACCACGAGUAUUGAGAAAUCAAUUUAGUAAAGCUUGGAUUUGGCUAAAUCACAGAGAAAAAGAUGUAAUAAGCAGCAUCCAAUUUGGUUGGGCAGUGCAUAUAGGAUUGUACCGAGAUGAUCGCCCAAGGUUAACAACAUACUGGAUAUCAAAUCGACACCAAAACGGAUGCUACAAUGUGUUAUGUCGAGGAGGAUAUGUCCAAGUCCAUAAGACAAUCUACCCCGGUAUGGCUUACAAUAAAAUUAGUGUCUUAGGCAAAAGACAGUCCACUGCUCAUCUUCUCGUCGGUCAGGAUUCCAGAACAAAAAACUGGUUAUUGAUGACGAGAAAAACCUUGAUAGGCUAUUGGCCCUAUCAAAUUUUUUCGAUGCAAGGAGUAUCACAAGUUUUCUUCGGCGGAUAUACAGGGGGGUUAGCUGGAGCUAUCAGCCCUCCUAUGGGGGCAGGAACUUUUCCGAGACAAGUAGGAUAUCGAAACAAGUUUGCAUGUUUCAUGAAACAACUUAAGUAUUUUGAGGAUAAAAGACUAGUAGAUAUUGAUUCGAACGAGUUUGAGGAAUAUGUGGAUAGUCCAAAGUGUUACGAUGUAUGGUAUCGCGAGUUUGAAAUACGAAGUGGAGAGAUGCUAACCUUCGGUGGACCUGGUGGACAAUGUGGUAUCUAAUCAAUGGUUUCUUUGUUGUUGUUCUUUUUUUCCAUUUUAGCUUAUCUUGUUAUUGUUUUUUUUUUAACACAGAUUAUAUUGUUAUUGUUGCUUCGUAAUAAUAGUGCUAAUAAUUUGUAGGUAUGAUUUUAUGGCAUUUUUUAUUCAAAUUUAAUAAAAUAAACUUAUUAUUCUUA